AUGGCACUGCGAAGCGUAGAUUUUGAAGUUUUUGGUCGAGUGCAAGGAGUAUUCUUCCGGAAGUAUACUAAAAAGCAAGCAGAUAAACUUGAUCUUAAGGGUUGGUGUAGAAAUACAUCCCGCGGAACUGUCGAGGGACAAUUGCAGGGUUUGUCUGAUAAGGUUCAUGAAAUGAUUCACUGGCUGAAGAAUACAGGCAGUCCCAGUAGUAGAAUCGACAAAGCGGAUUUUAAAAACGACAAGGAAAUCUCUGAAUACACUUUCAACAAUUUCGAUAUUAGACGUGACGAU